CCUCAGGGGCCGUGAGGGCGGCGGGGAGGGGACACCGGGGCCGCACCGGCCCCCGCGGCCUCCACAGCCCCGGCCGCCACCGCCGGCCGCUUUGCUAGGCGGAUCUGCGGGCGGAGAACCUCCCGGAACUCCCCCGGGGGCUGAAGGUCGCGCUGAGGGCGGGGGGGGCCCCCGCCGUGAGGGCGCUCGGAGCCGCGUCGCGGCCUGCGGGCCGCUGUUCCCCGUGGGAAGGAGCCCUGUGCCUUCCCCUUUGGCUUUUCCACUGCUUAUGCGGGAUUCCCGCCGCGGCCCCUGGCGCUUGUCUUGGCCGUGCCGCCUUUUUUUCCCUGUCGGCUGUCGUGACCCUGCUCCCAGCCCGCCGGCGGAAUCCAAAGUAGCGGGGUGGGAAUAAACACGGCGUGGGCGAUGGGAGAAAGACGCGAGGGUUGUGGAAGUGAAGCUGAGCGUUGAACUUGAACCCAAGCGAAUUCUCUGUGCUGAGCCAGGAUGGGUUUGGCUGAGGACAAAGUGUACACCCAUAUUACGAGAAACCUCAGGAAGUUCGGGACUAUCCGAGUGGCGUCGCUGGCCAAUUCCCUGACCUGCCUGGUCGAUUCUGACAGAGAUGAACUCCUCGCCCGGGAGGAGACACGGGGCAACCAGGCAGCUGUCUUUAGGUUCUAUCAGCACCUGAGGUGUCGGAAGGGCUGGGUGCAGGAUCUCAUCCAGGCACUGCACCAGAACAACGCAGGACACUUGGCUGAUGAGCUGCAGGAAGUCUAUGAUACCUGGCAACUUCGACCUCGUUCCUCAGCUCCUGCUGCUCCCUCCUCCCUUCCCAGUGAUGCCCAUCCCACUGUCUCCUCCAUCAGUGCCCAGACACCAUCCUGGGGCCCAAAUUCUGCCCCGUUGGCUGGGCAGCCACGCCGAGACCCGGCCACUGGUGACCACCCACCUGUCCUGCCCAGUGCUGCCACCCCCACAAGCACGGACCUGGAGGCCAGACUCCCUGUGCAGGAAUCGCUCCCCAAAAAACUCCCGGAGCAAGAGACUCCCCGGCCAGUUCCAGCUGGGAGCAAAGUCCCUGGCGGAGCGAGCGGUGGGCACAGCGGAGAGGAGAAUCUCUCACGCCCCGCCGGGGCCGUGCCGGUGCCAGCGGGGACACCAGGGGUGGCCGUGCCACCGGCUGUGUCCCCGGAGCAGGGCCGGGACUGGCUGAGCCGCCGGCCGGUGUGCGUGGACAACGGGUUUUUUGGGAACGCCAACCACCUGCACCGCGGCGCGCCCGGCCUGGCCCUGGGCAGGUCUGUUCCAUCGAGGGAUGCAGGUGCCACUCACAGCCCUGGGCAGCCCAGGAACGAGCCCGAAGAGAGCUCGGAUGUCUCCACGGAGUCACUGCCAAGGCUGGAGGGGGCCACUCAUGGUGUGGGGCGGCAGCCCCCAAACUCAGUGCCAAAAAAACAGCCCGUGCCAAUCUCUGGGCAUGGUGAGCCCACGGGCAGCUUCGUGGAUGUGCGCAGCCCCCUCUUCACCCGGGAGCAGUUGGAUGUGGAGAAGAAGCGGGUCGGGAUGCUGCCAGAGCACCCAGGGAGUGGAGGUGCUUCGAUGGAAACAACUACCGUGGCUGCUACCCCUGUGCCCAGAGACACGUUCCCAUCCCGUGACACCUCUGUGAAGUCUCUUACGCAAGAAAAGAAACUGCCCAUUGGGAAUACAGCCAGCAGCACCCCCUCUGUGCCAACGAAGGAGAAAGUGCUCCCGGCCUCGGCAAACCCUGUCCUGGGCACAGCUGUGGUAGGCGGCUCCGAAGGCGUGGCUAGGAGAUCAGCUUCCCGGGUGAGCUCUGCCACAAGCAUUUGGGUGUCUCACAGUGAUGAGGAGAGGGAAGAGGAGCUCAGCAAGCCGGGUGUCCUCAUGUCCACCCCUCAGGGCAGCCCAGAGGUGAUUGGCAGAUGCCCAAGCUCUCGGGAGCCCAGCAACCACCGUUCCACCACCUCCAGCAGCCUUGGCCUCAGCAGCGACCCAGUCCUGGUGAGCAGGGAUAGCCUGAGCUCAGGAGCAGCAUUGCCCAGAGUCUCCUCAGUUCCUGCAGGGCCCAGAGAAAAGGAGGCGUUUGGAGCAAGAAGAGACUCCUGUCCUGCUCCGAGCUGGGACAGCAGCUCCCUGGACACCCAUGAGCUCCGUGUGGAUCAUCACCCCAGCGUCCAGCUUGGAGCCGGCAAUGACGGAGUCAGUCCCCUUGGAAGCUCCGUGAAUUCCAGCUCUGGCAGUGGCCGUGACGCUGCCACCAGCUCACCUCAGGCCAGAGUCCCAAAGGGGGACAGCAAUGGCCUGUCCCUGCUGUACAUCCUUCCGGCCAUCGGUGUCAUUUCUGCCGUGGCAUUCGCUGUGUACGCCCGGCUGCGGAAAUAGUGGAUGGGACACCACGACCGUGACACAGCCAGGGGGAUUCCUCUGGCAGCAGGAUUUUGGCCAAUGCAUUUGAAGCCUGAAGAGUAGCAGGGGGCAGUAGCGGCGUUGUUAAAUCUUUUUCUGGAAGGUUCUGCUAGAAGAGGCCUUGGUACAUGAUGCUGUUGGGUUUGGGUCCAUUCCUUCCCAUUUCCCAACCAUCUUCUUGGCUGUAGCCUUCUCUUUUCCUCCACCCUGGAGGAGAAGAUCUCGCUCCAAAAUGAUCCAUUGAGUCAAGAAAGGAAAGCACUCAUGGUGAUUCUCCCUGUCUUUCUUGUUUGGUCCCAGGAAGCCUCAGGGAAACAUGUACUGGAUAUCCAAAGAGUGACCUCCAGGUUCCUUUGUGCAAUGCAGCCAGGAGAUGUUGUGCAGAUAUCUUGUAACAGCUGAUUUUCUUGGCUCUGCUCAUCUUGGGUUGAAAAUGUGCCCAAGGGUGGGUGCAGCAGCCUCCACUGGGCAUCUCAUGUUCAGUUUGCCUUACUUGGUGUCUCUGGCUCUGCUGCUCCUUCUGGGAUUGCUUUGUGUAGUACUGACCCUGGGGAUAAACAUGAGGGUCAGGAAAGAGCUGCAUCUAACCAAGCAUUAUCAAGGAUCAGCCUUAUUUCACUCCCUUCAGGCAGGGAAAGGGGUUUCUGUUUUAAGAGGAAUGUUUCAGGCAAUGCCAACUUCAAGGAGCCUUGGUCCCACAAAAGGUUGUUGGGUGUCUGAUUUUUAGGCUGGAUUUUUGGAGCUUGGUUGGAAGGGUAGAUGGAGUUCUUGCCCUUCCUGUUGCUAUGGGGUAGGGGUAUAGGAACCUUCUGCCCAGGCUGGGACACAAACAGGAUCAGCUGUGACUGCAGGGAGGCCAUACCAGAGUCUGAGGUGCUCUGAGCUAUGGGGAGACCUUGUAGCACUUUCCAGUGUCUAAAGGGCUUGGAACAGACUGGUGUCCCUGCCCAUGGCAGAGGGCUGGGAUGAGAGACUUAUUAAUGGCCCUUCCAACCCCAGCCAUUCUGUGAUUCUAAAAUGCAGUGAAGCAGCAACAGCCUGCAAUAAUUACAUUGCUCCAGGUUGCUCCAAGCCCCAUUCAGCUUGGCCUUGAACCCUUCCAGGGAUGGGGCAACCACAGCUGCUCUGGACAAUCUGUGUCAGUGUUUCACCACCCUUUCAGGGAAGAAUUUCUUCCCAGUAUC